UAUUGCAUGUAUUUUAGCAAUUAGGCUGACAAAACACGAAUACGUGUUGUAAUUAUACUGGCUAAGGGACGAAAUAAAACUGUUAAAACACACAGACAGAUAGAUUUAUGUUCAGAAAAGGAAGAGACUACGGACGGGAUAUAGAGUAAAAUCAGAAAAGUGCAAUGCAAAUAUUUGAUACUAAAGGAAAAAGCGUAAAAACAUAACAAACAGUUCGACUCUGAAGCGAAGAGAAAUAUUUGUUAGAAAGAGGAUAGACACAAGGGCGACAAAAACAAUACACAGAACAUUUUUGUAUAUACAGUUGACAGGAAGGCUAUUAUCCAACAUUUGAAAGAAAAGGAAAAAAUGAAUAGGUCUACAAGUUUAGCGUCAAUAGAUAGUUUUACAUCAGCGAUUGACCUGCUACCAAUUGACAGCAGCCUAGAUGCUAUUUUAGAUGAGAAACAGGAUUUUAUGAGUAAACCAGAAUCUGAUGGAAAGAAGAGUAAUGUACUCAAAGACCACAAAUGUUGUUUGUUAGUUGCUACUAUCGUAUUCAUAGUAUUUCUGUGCAUCUUCAUCAUCAUAUAUUCCAAUCGUUCUGAGCCAACUCGAGAAUAUUCUUCUGUUUCUGGAAACUGUGCUAACUGUUUGAAAGAAAAUAAAACCAACGAAAAAGAUUUUCCUAGCAAAGAAGUAAAAAAUACUGAACUUCAAGUUACGCUUUGGGGCCCAAUGAUGACAUUUAUUAUACAAACCCAUGGACCGCUAUCUCUCGGAGUCAGUGAAUAUGAUAAAAAAGCAAGACUGAUGAUAUGUAGAAAGAACAGAACGUGGUAUGAACUCUUUUGUGACUCCCGAACGAAACAUAAUUGCCCGUAUGUUCCUGUAACUAAAUCAGUAACCAUCAGAAAUGAAACUGAAACAAAAGACGAACAGAUCAAAGUUGAUAUUGAAACAAAAUGUAUAGAUCAAAAAAUUGGUAUCAAAUGGGAUAUGUAGCUUGUAUUGUAUAUGUUUUAUAUUUCAAAACACGUUAUACGUUUUCGUCAUCUCUCUGAUUUGACUGUUGAAAUGUUACUUUGGAAUAGUUUUUUAAUGAUUUAUGAAUAGAUGAAGAUGUUAACAUUGUUGGAAAAUCUGUUUCACUCAGUAUCGAACUAGUUGUUGGAUCCCAAUUUGUAGAUCACUCCAAACUGGUCUGUCUUUUCCUGGACUUAUUACUUUAGCAUAUACUCAUGUUUGAUCUACAUGCUCUUUUUGGACGAAUAACACCAACUAAGAGGGGAGAAAUAUAUUAAAAAGAUACAUGCGUCUAAAUAGUUAUAUAAAGAUAUUUUCAUAAAAUGUUUUCGGCGGUCGGAUAGUUUUUGAAUUUAUUUUGGAGUAACAUCCUAUCUGAUAUUACUGCUCAGUUUAUAGCUGUAGCUGGUGUUAUAUAUGUAAUUUCCAGAUGAUACCAAUUUCACAGCUAGUAUCCAGUGCCUUCGUCGGCACAGUAUGAAAAUUCUAAGUUAUUAUUAAAUUUUUUAAUUUAGAAUUCUAUUAUUUUUAAUAUAACUAGAUAUCAAAUGUUUGCUGAAAUGUUUAGUCCCUGAUCCUGAAAUGUUUUAUUUCACCAAUAUGUUUUGUAUCGAGCGUACAUCUCGGAGGUAAUUUGAGAAAUUGUUAUGCGCAUGAAAUUCAAUAUUGUACUUAUUUAUUUUCUUUGAGAUGUUGUUCUUAGUAAAUUUGCUGAUUGUGUGACCGUUUACAAAUAAAAGUAAU